AUGUUGAUAAGCUCUAUUGUAAUAGGUUUUAUUCUUUUCGUCAAUAAUGUUCGAUUUGUAGUAUGUCAAGGAACAGAUUUUAGCUGUGCAGUAAAACCAACUCAAGUCAGUACAACAGAUAGACUACAACGUUUACGUGCUCAUCUGAAAAGUAAUGGCCUAUCUGCUUACGUCAUCUUUUCCGAAGAUGAACAUCAAAGUGAAUAUGUUCAGUUGUACGAUAAACGACGAGCGUGGAUAACUGGCUUUUUGGGAUCAGCGGGUACUGCAGUUGUGACACUUGAUAGUGCUGCUCUGUGGACAGACGGCCGGUAUUGGACAGAAGCAGAAGACGAGCUCGAUUGCAGAAAUUGGUAUCUUAUGCGUCAAGGUCGAGAAGGUGUACCGUCACUUUCCAAUUGGCUGUCAAGUCAAGUCAAUAGUACACCACCUUAUAAUCGUGUUGGGGUAGCUGCUCAAUUUGCUUCAUCUGAUUGGUGGCAGGCAGUUGAUAAUAUUCUCAACGGAAAGAACGCUUCAUUAGUAGAAGUCCACGAAUUGGUUGAUUUAAUUUGGUUAUCACCCGAGAGACCUUUAGCUGUAGCCAAUCCGAUCAACGUUCAUGCACUACAAUACGCAGGUAUUCCAUGGGAAGAUAAAGUGAAAGACAUUGCUGAACGAUUGAAAGUCAAGCACGCAGAUGCUUAUGUUGUUACGGCUCUUGAUGAGGUUGCUUGGCUAUUUAGUUUACGUGGCUCUGAUAUUCCAUAUAAUCCAUUUUUCAAAGCUUACGCAAUUGUUAAUGCCGAUCAAACAACACAACUUUGGUUGAAUUCAGAUCAAUUGACAUCAGCUGCUUCUAUUCAAUUGAGCAAAGUUAAUAUUCAUCCGUAUGGUUCUUUUCUUUCGGAUCUUCAUCAGUUAGCGAAUCAAAGCGAUAUUUCACAAAUCUGGAUAUCAUCAUCGGCGUCGCAAGCUAUUUUUAAUCGAAUUCCAAAAGAAAAGAUUUUAAUUGCAAGUUCACCAGUUGAAUUAAUAAAAGCAUUGAAAAAUCCAACCGAAGAAAAAGGCAUGCGUGACUGUGGCAUUCGCGAUGGUGUAGCACGUGUACGUCAUUUAGCUUGGCUUGAAAAUCAAUUGAAUAAUAAUAUUAUUGUUAAUGAAACAAAAUCAGCUGAGCAACUUGAACAUUUUCAAAGUGAAGAAGCUUUAUUUCAAAUGCUUAGUUUCGAUUCUAUAUCGGCAUUUGGUGCAAACGCUGCAAUUAUUCAUUACAGUCCAACAGCACAAACUGCUGCAACGAUUACUAAGAAUGGGUUAUAUUUACUUGAUGCUGGCGCACAAUAUCUUGAUUGUACCACCGAUGUUACGCGUACACAUGUCUUUGGCACGGCAACCGAAGAGCAAAAGAACGCAUAUACGCUUGUUCUUCAAGGUUCGAUCGAUUUAGCUGAUGCUGUUUUUCCAUAUGGAACCUAUGGUCGAAGUCUUGACAUAUUAACUCGGCAAUAUCUUUAUAGAAAUUCUAUGGAUUAUAAUCAUGGUACUGGCCACGGUAUUGGCCAUUUCUUGUCUGUUCAUGAAGGUCCUUCAUUUAUUUCUAUGGGAUAUAGUUCAAGUGAUAUACCAUUGACAGAUGGUAUGGUGUUUUCUGAUGAACCUGGUUUCUAUCUACCAGGAAAUUUUGGUAUUCGACUUGAAACGGAUAUCAUUGUGAAAAAUUAUACAUUACCAAAUAAUUAUGUUAAUUCGGCAACACAAUUUCUUCAUUUUGAUAUUUUAACAAUGGUUCCUUUUGAACGCGAUUUAAUUAUAUGCAAAAUGUUAACAGAAGCCCAAAAAGAUUGGCUCAAUUGGUAUCAUAGAGAAGUGAAGAGCAAACUUGAAAGUACAAAGCGAUUAAAUCAAGAUGAACUACGCUAUCUGGUAGACAAAACACAGGAAAUCAAAUGUUGA